AUGGCCGUGUCUGUUUAUGCCCCGCACGUUGUGCGGAGCAAAUACUACCGGGGCACUCCAAAAGUCACCUUUUUUGCUUCCUCCACUAGCAAGGCCACAGCUACAACAGCCUGCAAACACGUGGGCCAGCCUCUGCUGACCGGGUCCAAAAGCCGGGACAAGUACCCUACAGGCUUCCUGAUCCCCACCCAGUCUUGCUGGAGUGCUUGUGGCCUGUACGUGCUGAUCUCCUCUCUCCUACAGGCACUCAAUGGCUUUGUGCUGGUGGUGACAUCAGAAGGGCUGAUAUUUUACUCCUCACAUACAAUCCAGGACUAUCUGGGAUUCCAUCAGACAGAUGUCAUGCACCAGAGUGUCUUCGAGCUGAUCCACACCGAGGACCAGCCGGAGUUCAGGCGCAACCUCCGCUGGGCCCUGGACGCACCAGGUGCUCCUGGGGGUGAGCCCUCUCCAGCAGCAGGGAAGAGUCUUGGCUCUUCUGCUGUCACCUACAAGCUGGAUCAGCUACCCUCAGAAAACUCCUCCUUCCUGGAGAGGAGCUUUGUGUGCCGCUUUCGCUGCCUCCUGGAUAAUUCCUCUGGCUUCCUGGCUUUGAACCUUCAAGGCAGGCUGAAAUUCCUUCAUGGGCAGAACGAAAGGUCUGAAGAUGGCUCUGUCCUGCCCCCCCAGCUCGCUCUGUUCGCCAUCUCCACGCCCCUGCAGCCGCCGUCCAUCCUGCAGAUCCGAACCAAGAACGUGAUCUUCAGGACCAAGCACAAGCUGGACUUCACCCCCUUGGCGUGUGAUGCCAAGGGGAAGAUUGUCCUGGGCUACACUGAGGCGGAGCUGCGGACGUGUGGCACGGGGUACCAGUUUGUCCAUGCUGCUGACAUGCUGUACUGUGCUGAGAACCAUGUCAGGAUGAUGAAGACGGGUGAGAGUGGGCUGACGGUGUUCCGGCUGCUGACCAAGGACAACCGCUGGAAGUGGGUGCAGGCCAACGCCCGUCUCGUCUACAAGAACGGCAAACCCGAGUACGUCGUGGUCACACAGAGACCCCUCGUAGAUGAAGAAGGAGGAGAGCACCUUCGGAAGCGGUCCAUGCAUCUUCCCUUCACCUUUGCUACAGGAGAGGCACUUCUAUACCAAAGUACUCAAGCCCUCCCAGGCUUCCCUGACCUUUUCCAGAGCAAAGGAAAACUCAGCAAGUCUAAGAAGCCCUCCUGCAGCAACGUAGGGCGCUCCCAGAAGAAUGGCAUUGACCCCAGGUCUCUGCUGGCUGCUGUGAUGCAGCAGGACAAGGCGGUGUACACCUCCCACUCAGCUCCCAUUCCAAACCCUUCCUUCAGCAGCACUUUGCAGCUCAAGGGUGUGUCCAUACCAGGUGCAGGAGAGGAUGCCUGGAGUAUGGGCACAGCUCCAUCUUCUUCAAGGGGCAACAGCCUCCAAGAGAAGCUGCUGGAUUUGCAGCAGGAGGACCCUCUCCUGGCCACCGUGGACUUACUCUCAAUAAAGAGUGACCAGAGCUGUUCCAACGAGCUCUUCAGUGCUUUGGAGGGCCUGGGCUUGAAUGGUGAGGACCUGGAGCUCCUGCUGCAGGAUGAGAAAAUGGUGAUGGUCAGUACGGACCCAGAGCAGUCCCCAUCCCUGAAUAAAAGCCUGGCCAGCAACCACAUUCUCUCCUAUGUCCCCAGGCCUCCAGUGAUGGGCCAUGAGGGAGGGCAGCAGGUCUGUCCCCUGCCAGACACGCCCCCCAGCCCGCAGCGAGGAGGCACUGCUCCGUGCCACAUGGAGAACAAGGACUCGGGCUGCCACCUGGCACAGCAUGCAGGGCAGCCCAGCACUGCCCUGGCCCAGCCCCCCCUGCUGCUGUGGGAGCAGCCACAGGGAGACUUGCAGGGAGACUUCUCAGUCAUGCAGCCCCUCCAAGAGGAUAUCCAGCAGUCCUUCUCCCUACCCAGCCAGUGCCAGGACCACGUGGCACCACCCAGCCAGCCCAAGCAGCAUCACCUGCUGAUGAACGGGGUGUGUGGCCCCUGGCCCAGCUCUUCUCCACAGCCCGGCCCAUGGCAGGACUGUGUGUGCCCUCUGCUGCGGGCUCCAACUCAGCCUGGCAUUCAUGGCCUCAGCAGAGAUGUGAACUCCCAGCCCCAGGGCUACCUGGGCCCCAGGCCUGGCCUGCCCCCACAGCAGUUUAACCUGGAUGGAUUAUGCAGUCUGGAUGCUGCUGGCACUGGGGACUCCUGGGAAGAGAUGGCUCCAUUCCCCAGGACUUUUCCCCCUUUCUCCCAGCUCAUUCCUGAAAAGCAGCUCAGCUCUGUUCUUUCCGUGCCCCAGCACUCUUCCCCCAGCUCAGCUGCAGGGCGCUUUGGGAGCAUCAGCAGCCCUCUGGAGACACUGAAUUCCUAUGGGACACGUGGCUCUGCGCAGAGCCAGGAGGGCAGGCACAGGCCCCGCAGCCGCUGUGUUUUGCCCAGCUCUCCCAUGGGACUGCCCCAAGACCAUCCAGUGCUGGGGGGAAGCCUGGCACUGCCCUGCCAGCCUCAGCCCCGGGCAGAAGUGCUGCCAAAUCCCCCUCACACCUCCAGGGGAGACUUCUGUCUCUAGGAGAGACAGGAAUGGACAAAGGAGGACUUUUCCCUGGGGAAGGAGCUACCUUCAAGCUGCAGAAAACAAACCUUCCCCGCUGCUGUGCGCAUCGUGCCGGUGCUGUUGAUGCUGGUUGCUUUGGUUCACCUGGGGGUUUUUUCUCAACUU